AUGAGGACUCUUAAGCUUCAGCUCGACUAUGUUCUGGCGAGGAACAUUCCUCAGUCAGAUAUCCGAAAAUCUAGAGCUGUUUGGGACGUCGCGUUUGACUCUGACCACCACUCAGUUCUUCUCAGCUUCAAGAUAUGGUUCCACAAGAGAAACCGAGGAGUUCCUCUUCAACCGAAAAUCGACAUGGCAGGUCUGGAAGACGAUGAAUGCAGAAGAAAAUUCCGCCAGCUUGUGUCUAUUCAUGUUGGAGUACGGACCAGGAAGAAGCUUAGCGAUGCGGAUUCCUUCACAAAGUGCAUCCACGACGCUGCAAGGGGAACGCUACCGGUUCUAUUGCCGCGGAAGAAUCUGCAUCUGCAUCCAAUUUGGAGGGAACACUUCAAGGUCUUGCUGAACCGGCUAGCACCCUCAGCUCCUGAACUCGAGCACAGUUCAUAG